AUGCAAGUGACCCUGGGGGGCGUUUUGCUGCCGGUGCAGCAGCACAGCAGCCAGCUGCUGCGUCUGGGUUUGGUGCAGCAGCAGCAGUUUGCUGUCAGCAGCAUCCAGUUCCCGAAGUCCCCGUUUGCUGCUGCAGCAGCAGCAGCAGCAGACCCCGCAGCAGCAGCAGCAGCGGGAGACGCAGGGGGCGCAGGAGGCAGCCGCGAGGAGCGGGAGGUGCAGCAGCAGCUGCAGCAGCUGCUGCAGCAGCAGGGCCUGUACGAGGCCCUUGCUGCUGCUGUGUCUCCUUCAGUUUUCGGACUUUUGGAUGUCAAAAAAGCUUUGCUGCUGCAGCAAAUUGGCGGAGUCCCUCGCAGGAAGCAAGACGGAGGCAGCAUCCGCGGAGACAUUCAUUUGCUGCUGCUCGGAGACCCCGGACUCGCCAAGUCGCAGCUGCUGAAGCAAGCAGCAGCAGCAGCACCAAGGGCCGUUUAUGCUGCAGCAAGCAGCAGCAGCAGCAGCGGACUCACUGCUGCUGUCCUCAGAGACCCCAAGACAAAGGAGACACUUCUGGAGGGAGGGGCUCUCGUUCUUGCUGACAAGGGGCUUUGUUGCAUCGACGAAUUCGACAAAAUGGAUGAUUAUGAUAGAAGUGCAAUAUAUGAGGCCAUGGAGCAGCAAAGUGUCUCCAUUGCAAAAGCUGGCCACUGCAGCACGCUGCCAGCAAGAGCAGCAAUUCUUGCUGCAGCAAACCCCAAAGAUGGACACUACGACGUGCGGAAGUCGAUGAUGGCGAAUAUAAAUUUACCUGCUGCUCUUCUCUCCAGAUUUGAUCUCCAGUUUCUUCUCCUCGAUAAAGCUGAUCCAGAAACUGACAGCAAAAUGGCAAGACAUAUUUUAAAUCUUUUUUCCGAAGUACCCCCCGGGGGCCCCCCGGGGGGCCCCCGCGGGGGCCCCCGGGGGGGCCCCCGGGGGGCCUCGCGGGGCCCCCGGGGCAGCCGCAGACAGCAGCAGCAGCAGCAGCAGCAGCAGCAGCCAUUCCCUAUUGACAGAAAGCUGCUGCGGGCUUUCAUAGAAAAGGCCAAACAAAUAGAGCCUGUUCUUAGCGAGUCUUUGGUGCCGCAAAUCAGCGAGUGGUAUGCUUCCACUCGUUUUGACGAGCAGCAGGAAGAAAGGCUUUUUGGCUCUUUGCCUUCUUACACAACAGCAAGGGCCCUUUUGGCUUUGCUGCGCCUUUCCCAGGCGCUGGCGCGCCUGCGGCUGUCGCCGCUGGUGGAGGCCGGGGACUUCGAAGAGGCGCUGCGGCUGAUGGAAGCUUCGAAAGCUUCUGUGCGAGCAGCAGAAAGCAGCAGCAGGCUGCGGAAGCGGGACCCCGUUUCCCAGGCGGACGCGGAGCCGGCUGAUAGAGGAGCAGGGCCACCGGUGGGACGGCAGGCGCUGCAGCAGUACGAAGAGUUGCUGCUGCUGGCCUUCAACGCAGACCGCAGCAAAGUGGCCUUUGUCGAGGAAGCCAGGGAACACAGCGACGAGGAUAUCCCUGUAGACAGCUAG